AUUAAAAUGGGUGAAAAUUAGUAAAAUAUAUAAUAUUUUUAUACAAAAAUAAAUUUAUUAACAUAGGUCAAUCUUUACAGCUUCUAUUUCUUCAUGUUUGGUGAUUAUGAUGUUUGGAAAGAGAGAUUAAGGUCAGUGAUGUUUACUUGGGUCACACUCAUUGUACCAAUGUCCUUGUAUUGAAAUCAUUGUAUUAGUAAAAUAUAGGAAUCACAUGUAAUACACAUAAGAACAAGAUAAGUAUAAACUUUUAAGUUGAUUCCACGAUGGUCUGGACAGCACAUUCUUAAAUUUAAUUAAUCCAAUCUCUUUCCCACGUCCGUCUUGACCAUGUUCACUUCUCAACGAUCAUACAUGAAUGUGCAUAUAUAUGUGCUCUAUGGCAAGGAAAUUGUAGAACUAAACAAACAAUGGGGAAAGAAAAUGAGAAAGUUGUGGUUUUGGAUUUCUGGGCAAGUCCUUACGCCAUGAGGACGAAGAUUGCCUUGAGAGAGAAAGGAGUCGAGUUCGAGACUCAACAAGAAGACUUGUGGAGCAAGAGUGAGCUCUUGCUGAAAUCAAACCCUGUUCACAAGAAAGUGCCUGUCCUUAUCCACGGCGGCAAACCCGUCUCUGAAUCUCUCAUUCAGGUUCAGUACAUCGACGAGACGUGGACUGAUGCGGCUUCUUUCUUGCCCUCUGAUCCUCAAGCCAGAGCCAAUGCAAGGUUCUGGGCUGAUUUCGCCGAGAAAACGAUAUCGUUUCAAGGAGGAAGAAAGAUUUGGGGAAACAACAAAGGAGAAGAACAAGAGAAAGGCAAGAAGGAGUUUCUUGACAGCUUGAAGGUUCUUGAAGCUGAGCUUGGAGACAAGUCUUACUUCGGAGGAGAGACAUUUGGUUAUGUUGACAUCGCUCUUGUCCCAUUCUACAGUUGGUUCUAUGCACUCGAGAAAUGUGGUGAUUUUUCUGUGGAAGCUGAGUGUCCUAAGAUCGUGGCUUGGGGAAAGAGAUGUGUUGAACGCGACAGUGUUGCUGCUUCCUUGCCUGAAUCUGAGAAAGUUUAUCAGCAAGUGCUUAAGCUCAGACAGAUUUUCGGUGUUGAAUAAAUGCAAAAAUUGCAUUCUGAACAUCUUUGAAUCUUGUCUUUUUAUGUUUCCGUGUUGCAAGUGUUUAUUGUUGUUCUUUUGAGAAAUAAACUGGCUGUCAUUUUUUCUGGUU